AUGGCGGAUGGAACUUUAAGAGGUGGCAACAAGAGAGGCCUUUACAACUUCGUAGAGUCUCUUCGUACCCUGUUGAUUGGUAUUCAGAAUUUGAACACACAAGAUGUCUCUGCUGAUUACUUUGAACAAGCUAACGUGCGUCUGGAAGAUGCAAUUUUAACUUUACAGUUGUCACGGAGAAGCGUUACUCCGCGAGAUUUAAGUAACACGGGAUCCCCCGCGGGAUUCCCGAAAACACGUGCAAAGAAACGGAGAGGCAUGUUGAGAAUAAAAUCCGCCAUGUUGAGUUUAUGUUUGUGUGAAUGUGGUCCUCACUCGCUCACAUCGACAACAGUUGCUAUUGCAUAGUGUAUGGCAAAGUGAGGACUCUGUCCUUCGAGAUUUCAAGACAAUAAUAGAAGCUGUUUUGACAAAAGUACGCUUUGUUUUUCAUGCAAUGACAAAGUACGAGGAAAGAAACUCCAUUAAAGCAACGAUAUCAAAUUCAUUCGCUUGUCCUACCAUUAAACUAACAAGUGCAGGAAGACCAGUAAUCGUCAUCGAAAGAGAGCAGAUCGAAUUCUUACGUGAACUGCAUUUCUUUUGGGUAAAAAUCGCUAGUAUGUUAGGCAUCAGUGAAAGUACUUUACGUCGAAGAAGACGGGAAUUAAAUUUGGAUGAUGACAGCAAAAACUGGACCGUAUUGUCAGGUGCGCAGUAAUUUACAGACUGAGGUUAUCUAUACUAGUAGUUUAUUUGGUUUAAUGCUUAUUAUCAGUGUGUUUGGACAAGGGUGAUAUAGUCUCGGGUAAAAUAAAUCUUAGAAGCCAUACCCUUCGUCAAAAUAUUUUAGGUUCCCCAAAGUCCCAUCUCACUCAAUGAUGUACGACACUUCAAACUUUGUAAUUAAACUAGAACUUCUUUUCAGAUUCUCAGCUUGAAGACACUGUCAAAGAAAUUAGAAGCAUUACUCCAAACAUUGGACAACGAAGAUUGCAUGGAGCUCUCCGAGCAAGGGGAUUUCGAAUUCAGCGAUGGAGGGUUUGUUACUGUCUUUGUAGACAAGACCCGCUUGGGACAGCACUUCACUGGAGUACUCCGGUUUACCGUCGAAAGUACUCUAUACCAACGCCAAACGCUUUGUGGCACAUAGACGGAAACCACAAGCUUACCAGGUACAGGUUUGUUGUGCAUUGCUGUGUUGAUGGGUAUUCAAGGGUUAUUGUGUAUGCCACCCUAACUGAUAACAACCGAGCAGAUACAGUGUUGGAGCUCUUCAUCAAGGGAGUACAAGAGUUUGGCUUACCUUCAAGAGUAAGAAGCGAUCAUGGACUGGAAAAUGCUGGAGUGGCACAGUACAUGUUGGAAACUAAACAGGGGAAGUAUCAUAACGGGAAGCUCUGCCCACAACUGCCGCGUUGA